AUGGCCAUCUUCAGCCGCUCCAAAUCUGAAGAGCCGAUCACCCAAAACCACCCACCUGACUCGGUACCGCCGGGCUACAGAAACUCCAAACCGACCCUCCUCCGCAUCUUCACAGUAACAAUCUAUCUCCUAGCCACCAUCUUCCUCAUCCUGGUCGAGAUAGGCAACAUCAACAACGACGCCGUGAUCCGCUCGACCUACUUCCUCCAAAUCGAGCUGGCAAACAUCAUCCCGGCCUCGGUCCCCAACGCCGUCUUCAUCAACAGCAUCGCCCAGUCCAUCGGCCUGCACGACUUCUACCAAGUCGGCCUCUGGAAUUACUGUGAGGGCUACAAUGGCGAGGGCAUCACGUACUGCUCCCCGACAAGGACGCUGUACUGGUUCGACCCCGUCGAAAUCAUCCUCAACGAACUCCUGGCGGGGGCAUCCAUCACUUUACCCACCGAGGUCGUCAAUGUGCUGCACCUCGUCCGGCUCGCGUCCGCGUGGAUGUUCUCGUGCUUCCUGGUCGGCACGGUGCUGACGUUUCUUUGCAUCUUGGUCUCCCCGCUGGGGUUUUCCCAGCGGCCGCGCUGGCAGCACAAGGCGAAGCGGGUCUUCUGCCGCCAGUUCCCGGUCUCGCUGCUGAGCCUGGCGGCAUUGCUCUUCACCGCGGUGGCCUCUCUCAUCGCGACCAUCAUGUUCCUGAUUUUCCAGGACAAGUUCUCCGGCGCCGCCGACUUGAACAUCCACGCGUACCUGGGGAAGCCCAUGCUCGCCUUCAUGUGGAUCGCCACCGGUCUCGACUUGAUCGGGUUCCUGAUGCAGCUCGGCACGUGCUGUGGGGUCUGCUGUUGUACGGGGAGGAAGAGGGCGGUCCGACGGAGUCAAAUGAACGAGGUUGGACCAGAGGGAGCCGACAACACCCACGAGAAGACGGUGCAGGACGUAGACGGCAGUGCAACUGCAGAUGGAUCGUCCGGCGGAUUUCCCACCUUCAGACGGAGCAGGCGAGGCUGA